AUGUUCUCAUCCUCCUCCUCCUUCCUCUCUUCUACACUCUUUUUCUCUUGCCUUGCACUCUUCAGCACCACAGGCUGGGCUGAUUAUGUGCUGCAAGAUGACUACUUCGAAGCAGGCUUCUUCGAUCAAUUCGACUUCUUCGACCAACCCGAUCCCACACAUGGCUUUGUGAGCUACAAGACGUAUGAUGAAUCCUGCGCUGCAAGUCUCAUCACCAAUACAACUUCCUCAGUAUACAUUGGCGUGGACAGCGAGAACAUCUCGCCCUUUGGCCGAAACAGUGUUCGCAUCACGAGCAAGAAAGCAUAUAAUUCCGGACUGGUAGUUGUUGAUAUUCAACAUAUGCCUGGCGGGAUUUGUGGAACAUGGCCAGCAUUCUGGAUGGUAGGCCCUAACUGGCCCCACGGUGGCGAAAUCGAUAUUUUCGAAGGCGCCAACGACCAAACCACCAACGACGUCACCCUCCACACCGGACCCGGCUGCUCCAUCACCAACAACGGCGGAUUCUCCGGAAGUUUGAAAUACACCAGCUGCGCCUCCAGCGGCACCAACAACCUGGGCUGCCAAAUCGGGGCCACGAGCGAGAAAACCUUCGGAACGGGUUUCAACGCCAAUGGGGGCGGAGUCUACGCGACGGAAUGGACGAGCGAAUACAUCAGCGUGUGGUUCUUCCCGCGAGGAGAAAUCCCCGCGGAUGUGUUGAGUGCGUCACCCAAGCCGUCGACGUGGGGUACGCCGAUUGCGAGGUUUGAAGGGGAUUGUGAUAUGGCGUCGUCGUUUACCAAUCAGCAAUUGGUGUUUGAUACGACGUUUUGUGGCGACUGGGCUGGUCAGGCGUGGUGGUCAUCGUCGAGUUCGUGUGCGGCUUUGGCGCCGACGUGUGAAGAGUUUGUGGAAUUGAAUCCGAGUGCGUUUCAGGAGGCGUAUUGGAGUGUCAAUGCGUUGAAGGUGUAUCAGGUGGAAGCAGCUGGAGGGUAUGGUAGUCCUCCUCCUCCUCCUCCACCUCCUCCUUCGCAGCAGCCGUCGCCGAGUGCAUAUGUGCCCGUGACAAGCGCGGCGGCGCCGGUGGUGACGCCAUAUACUCCUGCGCCUUCGGUGGUGCAGACGACGUUUGCGAUUUACACGACGACGGCUCCGAACAGAGGGAAUGCGCCUAUGGUGGUGGUGAGUCCGGCUGAGACGGGCACCGGGAGUGCAGCUGUGGUGGGAGUUGGCGGUGUGGUUGGACUUGGACUUGGACUUGGAGGGGGAGGAGGAGCAUCGCUGGCUGCACCUCCUCCGCCCGCGGAAACACAAGCUGGGAGUGGCUGGUUCACAACCAAUUCUGACGGGACGGUUGGGCUCAGUGGACUAGGGAAACGCCACAGACAUGCUAGGCACUUGACGCAGCACAAGGGUCAGUUGGGGAGGAGGAUUUGA